AUGAUGACCAUCUCCUCUUUGAUCUUACGUCUCGUGACUUUUGCAUAUCUAUCAACUAGUCUUUUGGCUUAUACAAUUCAUUUUCAAAAUAGUUGUCCUUAUACAGUUUGGGCAGCUGUAGGAAAAGCUCCGAAUGGACAACCUGAUAGAUCGGUUUCGUUUGGUCGACAACUUAAUUCAGGUCAAUCUGCUGAUUUCGGUGUAGCAGAUCGUCAAUUAGGAAUUCGUGCUUGGGGAAGAACUGGUUGUAAUGGAUCUGGUGGGAAUUGUCAAACUGGUGCUUGUAAUGGUGGUUUGGUUUGUAAUGACGCUGGGAUCACUUCUCAUGCUCUUCUUUCUGAAUAUGGUUUAGGAACUGAUGGUAGAAUUUAUUGGGAUCUUUCUUAUGUUGGUGGUCAAAUUAAUAUUCCUACUAGACUUACAGGUCCAGAUGGUCAACAAGUUUAUUGUUCAAAUGGAAAUUGUCCUAAAAAUCAAGCUUUUCAAAAUCCAAAUGAUUUUGUUGCUAUAAGAAAUUCGGCUCAAGGUGGUACUUAUAAACAUCAUUUCUGUGGUUGAAAAAAUCAAACAAAAAUCCAAAAGUUUUCUAAACGUCGUGUUUCUUUUUCUUUUUUUCUUUUUGUGAAAUCAAUUGAAGCCAUCAUGUCAACCUAUGUAUUGCCUGUUUUUUCCAUCUCAAUGUUUUUCUGCCAGUGCCAUUGUUUUAGGAUGAUUUUGGUUGAUUUGCUCAGAGAAAUUCGAGUUUCCUAGUGUUG